AUGUGCACAUGUUGGCUUCUGUACAUGGAUUAUCUGUGUUUCCGAGCGCUGUUCUGCAAGGGACCCCCGCCCGCGCGCCCCGAGUAUGACCUCGUCUGCAUAGGCCUCCCGGGCUCCGGCAAGACCAGCCUGCUGUCCCGGCUCUGCAGCGAGAGCCCCGAGCACGUCCUGUCCACCACCGGUUUUAGUAUAAAGGCAGUGCCCUUCCAGAACGCCGUCUUGAAUGUGAAGGAGCUCGGAGGGGCCGACCACAUCCGCAAGUACUGGAGCCGCUACUACCCGGGCUCCCAGGGCGUGAUCUUCGUGCUGGACAGCGCGUCCUCGGAGGGCGACCUGGAGACGGCCCGCAGCGAGCUGCACUCGGCCCUGCAGCACCCGCAGCUCUGCACGCUGCCCUUCCUCAUCCUCGCCAGCCACCAGGACAAGCCGGCCGCCCGCUCUGCCCAGGAGGUCAAAAAGUACUUGGAGCUGGAGCCGCUGGCGCGCGGACAGCGCUGGAUCCUGCAGCCCUGCUCGCUGGGCGACGUGGCGGCGCUGAAGGACAGCUUCUCCCGGCUCAUCCAGCUGCUGGAGGAGAAGGACCAGGAGGCCGCGAGGAUGUGAGCCUGGCGAGGAGCAGUUCCCGGGCCUCGCGCCUCGUGCUAGUUCUCAUUUCACGGUGUUUGGGGUAAGCCGUCCUCGUAGUGCGGCGUCUGUUUUCCUGUUAUCUCAGACUCAUCUCUCCGCCCCAGAGGAUAUUCCGCCCGUCCGUCGACGACCGUCGGCAUGAACGUCAACUACACACUACUGAGAGACUCGGUUCUCUGUUUUCCACUAACCGUCUCCGCCGCGUCUCUCCUGCCCCACGCACCCCGCCUGCGCCGCGGUGACGGAGCACAGGGCUCGCGGGCACGGUCCCCGGAAGGAUCCGGGAGACUCGGAGCCCUGCCUCCGCCCCCCUGUUUGGGGCGCAGUGUUCUGUGACUGGGCUCCCCAGAGUAUGUGUCUCAUUUCACCAUCUCUCGGGGGGUAUGUUAUGUUAUGUUAUUUUUUAGUUUUUUGUAUACUGGCCUGAUAGAUUAUGGGAGGAAAAUGAGCACCAGAAACUUCAAGUAACCCGCAUCAGGAUGGACCGUCCGCCGCGGGAAAGCGACUGAGGAUUUAGGGACAAGACGCAUUGUUUCCGUCCCUGCGUCUCAAGUCCCCGCUCCCCGUUCCGAGACGCAUUCCAGGACACCGAGGCGCAGCGCUCGCGUCCGAUUCCUGCGUCAGCGAGCCCUCGGCGUUUUUUAACGGAAAGGUUGUCCUGCACAAAGCCGAGCUGCAACUUACUAUCGGGGUCUUUUUCUAAAAAUCUUGCGUCUGAUUAAAAUAGAAAAAAACAAUUUUUUAA